GUGAUGGAAAACUCGCGGCAACCGACAGAUUUUCCUGGAUGUGGAAAUGUGGAAAGCAGUGGUCUCACAUUACCGAACCAGCGGUCCAAAGGUGCGGGACGCUUAGUACGUAAAACAAGUGCAGAAAUAGUGAGUGAAGCUAAAAGCAUGCUAGCUGGAGGAGGCACCAGGCUGGUAUCAGCCCGUCGACCAAUAACGCCACGUGAACCAAGAAGACAGCUGUACGGUCGGCUGGCUCCUCCGGGGCGACCUCCGAGUGCAAUAAAUUUGAAGUAUUUACAGCAGGGACCCCAUGCUUUACCCUCGCUCGAGCCCAUACAAUCGAACGGUGGUUCUGCAGUGUCUAGCACGUCGACACGGUCGGAAUCCGUGGAUGGAAUAAGCAGUAUUGGCUUGGGGCGUGAUGGCGCUGGACAUAGUGCCCCGGUGCUUGUUGGCAGAGAAAAGCUUCCAGCCCUCGUCAGUAUUCAGCAGAAGGUUUUCGGAUCAUUAGAAAAUGUUACCGUUUGUGAUUUGCCGGAUAGCAAAUCAUUAAAGUCGUCGAAGAAAUCAGUUGAAUCGAACGUAGGACAUGGUCCAGCAAAUAGUAUUGUAAAGAAUCAUCCCUUGAAAAGGCGGCAGGUACAAUCGUUAGAUGAUAAAAUACCGACAGCCAUUUCAAUCGUACCGGAACGUAAAAAUGCUUUCGAUGAUCAAUCGAAGCUUCUCCGAAGAAGUAAUGAUUUACUUCUGCACUCUUCAACGGAAUCAUUGCUUGAAAUGUUGAAAGCAUAUUCAGGAUUGAAAGAAUGCGAUGAAAGUACAGUGACUCAUAUAAGUGCGAUAUUGCACGAACUAUACGUAAGAGUAAAGGACUCGAAGGGCAGUUGGCGUGGUGCUGUUUUGGGUGCAUUGUAUGGCUUGGUGGAAGCCUCAUCGUCGAAAAUUUUACUGUUGGUGGCUAGCAUUGUGUUAGCAAUGAAUGUUACUGGAAGCAACCUAACUGGGGCUUGUAAGCUAGUGUUCAAGAUAGCUCGUAAUGAAAAUAACGACAAUUUAUUCAUGGACAGCGAUGUGCCUGAGCUGCUGGUGGAUGGACUCGGCCGUGCAUCGCCAAUCGACGAUUCAGAGGCAUGCAUUUAUGGUUAUGGAGCAGUCAGAUUUCUUACAGGUUCGUCGAACGUAUCCAGCACUGCAACGACCAAUGGCACCGAACCAGGCGACUAUGGAUCACAACGAUCAUUAGCUGUUCGAUUGGCGAAACAGGGGCUCUGUCAGCUGAUGGUGUUGCAUUUGAAGAUGAUCAACGAAAUAGCAUCGACCACACAAUUAUCCGGCUCGCCACUGCAUGCAUUAUUUCAGCUUUCGGGUGCAUUGCGUACAUUGGCAGGCAAUCGUUGCAUAGUUGGUUCGCGUGUUUGUCAGCUCUCUGACCAAAAGCAUCCACAGCACUUUGCGACAAAUCAACCGACACACAAGGAAGAUGAAGAUCACGAUCUAGCACAACUCGAACAAGCCGUGCCACUGUUGGUGCGUGCCGCUGAGAUGUGCAUCAAGGAGCCCGAAGUACAGGCCAACAUCAUUCGUACGCUGAGCGUGCUGUCAGAGCGGGCAGAGUGUUGCGAACGGUUGGCUGUAGCUGCGUCGCGAUUGGGCAUUUUGCUGGGCUCCAUCAUCCAAACUUGCCAGACGGUGGAGAAAGGUUUGGCGACUUGCAACCGUUUGGGAUACAUUCUGGGCAAUGUGAUGUCGCGCUGGGAUACGGCGCGCAUCCAGUUCUAUUGCUGUGAUGUAUCGUGUGACGCCUUGUUAGCCACAUUGGAGUACUACGCCAACAAGAGCUUCACAAUGAAGAAUCAGAUGGGAGACUCGAUCGUGCAGGUGUUGACAAAGCUAAUUCGUAUCGUAGCAAAUAUGUGUGUGAACGGAGAUGUUGGCUACGGGAUGAGCAAACGGUCACCGUUAGGUGAAAUUCUUCUGAACAUUCUGCUCAAGGUGAAGGAUGCUAAGACAGCAGAGUUGGAGGAACUUUUAUUUGCAACGCUUGGUGCUUUGCAUAAUCUAUCCUACUACUAUGAACCCGUCGAGUCAGACGGCACCUCCCACAUACAUCCCGGAAGCAUCGGAGAACGUAUGAAAGACAUAUGUGGGGCAUUGUGCGUCAUAUUGAAUAGCGAUCAGAACCCAGCCCGCUCGGAAGUGGCUCGUGUACUUGGCAACAUGACUCGAAACACUUCGAUACGCCAGACGUUCUGUGAGGAAAAUGGAAUGAAGAUCCUAAAGCGAUGUUUGGCGUCCCAGCACGACGAACUGAUGGUUACGUCAUGUGGUGUUUUGGUGAACAUGCUUGGCGAUUGGUCGAGCAGGGUUCCGUUUCGCGAAAUUGAUGGUCCCAUCAUACUGAGACGUUUGCUGCAGAAAGGAGUCGAUAAUAGGGACUGGAUUAUGGCUGGAAUCGCAUGCCAAGCCAUAUGGAACUAUUUGAUCGAUACAUCAGAUAUUUUGAUAACGUUGGGACAGACGGAAAUUGACUUGAUUUGUGAAGCUCUGGCGGAAGGGCUUGACGAAGACAGCCUAUUCGACGGCAAGGAACCGGAUAAUUUUUGGGAAGAUUUUGCACCCGUAGCAACGGAUUUAUUGGAACGGUUACAAAUGUGCAUGUCUAAUGGCAACUCUCCUUGUGAGUCAUCGGACGAAGAAAUUGGAUAA